UGUUGUUUUAUCACAAACUCUUUUCCUUUUUCCUUUUGGUUUUCAUCUCUCCUAGGUUCUUCUGUCUUAAUUCGAUUCCUGUUCCUUGAGUGUUUCUGCUUUUUCUUUUGUUCUUCUCUUAAUUAAUUAAUUUGGGUUCUUGUAUCGUAAUCGAAUCGUAAUAAGGAGAGGCGGAAGAAAUCUGUAAUCUCAAGACAGAACGAGAACGAGGACAAGAAUGACAAGUUUUUUUUGGGGUUAAAUAAAUAGAUUUAUCAAGAAGAAGAAGAAGAUGUCGGAUCUUCCAAGGGAUAUCGAGGAAGAGGUGCUAUGUCGAGUUCCGUUGACAUCUCUGGGAUUUGUCCGAUCUACUUGCAAAAGUUGGAACAUGUUGUCGAGAUGUGAUCACUUAUUUGCAAACAAGCACCUUGCUCAUCUAGCAAAGAAGAAGGACCACCCUCUUGUGGUUAUGAUGAUCGAUUAUAGGGUUCAGUUGAUGAGAUUGAAUCUUUCCGACGAAGAUGAAGUUGUUGUUGUAAAUCCUGAAGCUAAACUUAUUGGCUUAGAUCAAAUCGAUGUGUGUACAAUCUUUCACUGCGACGGUUUAUUGUUCUGCAUUCCCAAAGAAUUAGACCGGCUAUUGGUUUGGAAUCCCUAUUGGGGGCGGGGGCAACUCAGGUGGAUCGAGCACACACAUAAUCACCACGUACUGGAUCGCUUUGGUCGUUUGGACAGGUACACGUAUGGUCUCGGAUACAACAAUACUAGUUCCCAGUACAAAAUCCUGAGAUUUGUUGAUUAUCCCCCAAAAUUCGUUGAGUUCAAAAUCUACGACUUCAACUCUGAUUCAUGGAGGAUUCUUGAUCUCGACAAGAACUGGUGCAUAAAUGUUGGUGAACGCGGCCUAUCUUUGAAGGGAAAUACCUACUGGUUUGCAACCAUUAGUUUCUUAAUCUGUUUUGAUUUCUCAACAGAGACAUUCUCCCUGCCUUUCCCUCUCCCCUUUGAGGCUUUUCCUGGAGACGCUUUGAGUUUAUCAUCAUCAUCAUCAUCAAGUGUUGGAGGAGAAUAUCCUCCGCAGCAGCUUCUGGUUUUAUUCCAGUCCCAGCAUACAUUGGAGAUGGAGAUCUGGGUUUCCAAUACGAUUGAGCUGCCCAAUGCCCUGUCCUGGAACAGCAAGGUUUUCUUGUCGGCCAAUAUCCAACAACUCAUUCCCCACCGGUGGGUUUUCAUGAGAUCUGUGUCUUUCUUCAUUGACCAGGAGAAAAAAAUCGCUGUGUUUUUUGAUAAAAACGGCCGUAAUGGUACCUCCACUCGUGAAAUAGCUUACAUCUUUUUUGGAGGAGGAGUGGAUGAUGAUGGAUCAUGCUCCUUUAAACAACAAGUUGUAAAAGAAUCUGUGUACCCAUUUUGUUAUUCACAUGCUUGCUAUUAUGUUCCAAGCUUAGUGCAACUCAACUAGUAGUCCACCUAUUAUCAUUAUUAUUAUUUAUCUCUCUGUUUUUUUUCCAUCCUUUUUGUUUGCCGUAUUAGACUUUUGGCUUCACAGCCUCUUGCUUUCGAGUGCCUCUCUUUGUCCAAUGUUUAGAUCAUUCUAAGGAAUAAGAUCAGAGUUUGUGGUGAA